AAAGGUCCAAGCGACUAAAGUUCCCUAAACACAGAAAAUGUGGCGGUCAUGUGCUGCUCCUAUCGUGGAGCUAGUUCUUCUUAUUUUUUUCCUUGGAGAUGUUUACUCCUUGAUUUGCACACGGCGUCCGUCGAAUACGGCCACGCCCAAGUCCCCCGUGGAUGAAAAUUACGUGAUAAGCGUGUCGGGUAAUCCGGAAACGUACAUUCUCGGUCAGGAGUACAACGUCUCCCUAAAUGCAUUCAAUGGGCAUCGGUACAUCAGCUUUAUUCUGGCUCUGGAGAACGAGAACGGAGAUUACAACUACAAUGAUGAUCUAGGACGAUUUGAGCUAAGUGAUACUAUAGAAACCCGCUUUAGUCCAAAUUGCAUUAACAUGGUGGAGAACACUAAUACGAAUCCAAAAACCCAUAUGCAUCUUACCUGGGUGGCACCCACAAAUCCCGAAAGUGGUUGCGUCCUGAUACGGGCCACUGUUCUGCAGCAUCGUGAUGUAUGGCACAUGGACGAUGGAGGAUUAACUCGACGCAUCUGCCCUGAGACCACGGACGAUGUGGAAAGCCAACCGUCGGCACCUUCUGCGGAGGCCCCAUGCUGUGCCUGCGACGAAGCGCGCUACGAGCUAAUCUUCGAGGGCGUUUGGUCGCGAAAUCUGCAUCCAAGGGAUUUUCCUGCUCGCAGCUGGGAAACACGAUUCUGUGAGUUGGUUGGAGCGGCUCACAGCGCAGACUAUCGUUUUUGGGAAGCCGGAGCCCUGGCCAACGAGGCUAUGAAGCAAUAUGCAGAACACUGUAGUUCUCGACUGUUAGAGCGAGAGUUUAGCAACAAUUUCAAGGAUCAGAAGAUACGUACCAUAAUCAAGGCUCGCGGUCCCUCAUUUCCAAACAUAAACAGCAAGACCUCAGCCUCUGUGAGGGUGGAUCCGUUGCAUCACAUGAUCUCUUUUGCCUCCAAGAUUGAACCAUCGCCAGACUGGAUAGUGGGCAUAAGUGGUUUGGAGCUUUGUCUGCGGAACUGCACCUGGUUAGACGAGAAGGUUAUCCAGUUGUACCCUUGGGAUGUAGGCACAGAUGCGGGUCCCACCUAUACGUCACCCGAUCAGCCGCAAGUUCCUCCGGAUGUUAUUAGACGCAUGCGCUCCGACUUUCCCAAUGAUCCACGUUCGCCUUUCUAUGAUGAAAACGGAGAUCCCAUGAAGCCCAUGGCCUAUCUGACAAUUAAGCGUCAGCGAAUUUAUGAGAGACGUUGUGCGGAUGAAGAUUCCAAUAAUGAUGCGGAUGUUCCCAGAGAAUGUCUUACACAUCCCUGGUCGGGCUGGAGUGACUGCUCCUCAAAAUGUGGCGCUGGGAUGCAGUAUAGGAGGCGGGUCUACAAACAACCGGAGCUAGCCAAGAUCUAUAACUGUAAUGUUCCCCAAUAUGAAGAGCGCGAAUGCGAGGGUGAGAUGUGUGACCAGAACAGUAUAAUGAGGAACAUAGACCCAGAGAUCGACCCAGAAUUAGACCCAGAUCAAGGAUUCGGUAGGAACGUUUAUCAAUCACCGCAGCAGGGUCGUGCUGAGUGUCAGCUGGGUUCCUGGAGCAUUUGGGGUCCCUGCAGCGGCUCUUGCGGCAGUGGCUAUGAGACGCGCCAGCGACAGUAUCUCAAUCCCCAAUCGGAAGCCAAGUGUCAGAGUGUUCAUCGCGCAAGACUUCAGGAAUCGCGACCUUGCUCGGGCAGAGUAUGUCUUGGAAAUCUACCAGGGUCCUAUAAUGGCGAUGAGGAGAAUCCAUAUGGAGAAAUAUCCCCUGGGCGUGGUGGAAGCAACAUGUAUGCACCACAACCCGAGAGGGAGGCAGAAUCUUUCGCGGACUACGAUGAAGCUCGAGUAGAUCAAAGUCGUGGGUUAGGAGGCUUUGAAGUCGGUAACCUGAAGGGCAGCAGUGGUUCCUGGGGACUCAAUAGACCGUUAGAGCGUCAAACCAAUCUUGGACGAAAUGCACAGCCGUACCAUAACCAACCGGCCAGACUGGAGCGCCCCUCUUGGCAGCGUCUCGAUGAUUCACGUUUGGAGAAUAUGGAGCGUAGUGCCUGGCAGACUUCAAGUUCCCAAGAUGACCACAUUCAGGAGCAGACGCCAUGGCAGACAAAUGCAGGAAACGUCGAAAAAGAUAACUGGCGAGGACAAAGUCCUGCUAAUUCCUAUAAAAGAAAAUAUGGUGAAAGGUUUGACACUCCCGAAGAAGAUUUACAGCGAGAUCCAUGGUCGAGGCAGAAAACCCACAGCCCCCAAGACUUGUAUACCUCUGGAGGAGGCGGAUUAGAUACAUCACUGGUAAACAAAUGCUUCCAGAUGCUACAAACUGAGCAGUCUCGAUGCUUUAAUCAAACAAUUAUUGGAAAUUUUUGGUUCUACAACUUUUGUGCCGACGAAUGCAUGCUGUUCGCCACCGAUACGUGCGAUCGGAAUGUUAAUAAGUUCAGCCGAUGGGAGGAGUGCCAAAAGUGCCGGCUCCCGGAGCUCUCAUCAUUGCAGCAGCAAUAUUCAGAAUUACCAGAAUGUCAGAACCUACGAGAGGAGUUUGAAGCAGAUACAAGGUCCAGGGAAGAGAAACGCGGCAAGAACAGAAGACGAAAUUACAACAAUUAUAGACAAAGUGGUAGAAAUAAAGUAAAUAAUUAUUAGUUCCGCGCCAUAAAUUCAAAUUAUAGUUAUCGAAGUCAAGAACAGUGUGCCCAGUUUAUUUAUUUUAAGUUAGAUGUAUUUCAAAAGUAAAAUAAAAUAUUUCUGUGCUUUGUGUAUGUUAGCUAAGCUUAUUUUAA